AUUGUAUGCAACAUUUGCACUAACAAAAAAGAAGUUUUCAAGUGUAAAUCAAUAUUUUCCUAUCCUCAUGGCUCAACCUUAUAGAACUGCAUAUCAUUUUCAACCUCCCCGAAAUUGGAUUAAUGAUCCUAAUGGACCAAUGAUAUACAAAGGAAUAUACCAUUUAUUUUACCAGUACAAUCCUGAAGCUGCAAUAUGGGGAAACUUAGCAUGGGGUCAUUCUACUUCAACUGAUCUUGUUGACUGGACUAUUCAUCCUCCUGCACUUAUCCCUUCAGAUUCAUAUGACAUCAAUGGUUGUUGGUCAGGUUCUGUUACACUUCUCCAAAAUGGCACACCAGCUAUACUUUACACUGGUUGUGACACACAAGAUACACAACUUCAAAAUCUAGCCAUACCAAAAGAUUUAUCAGAUCCUUAUCUUAUCGAAUGGAUUAAAUCGGAUCAUAAUCCGAUAAUGGUACCUAAUCCAGGGGAAGAAACUUUGUUCAGGGACCCGAGCACGGCGUGGUUAGGCCCUGAUGAUGGAAUUUGGAGAGUUAUUAUUGGAAAUGAAAGAGAAGGCAAUGGAACUGCUAUUUUAUACAAAAGUAAAGAUUUUAUUCAUUGGACUGAAGCUGAGCGACCCUUGCAUUGGACAAAUGAAACUAGAAUGUGGGAAUGUCCUGAAAUUUUCCCUGUAUUAGUUGAUGGUACUGAAAAUGGAGUUGACACUAAAGUGAUUUUUCAAGGGAUUAAAUAUGUACUUAAGAUUAGUGUGGCUGGUACUGGUGUUGAUUAUUAUACGAUUGGAAAUUAUGACCAUGAGAAUGAUGUAUAUAUACCAGAUGAUGGAUUUGUAGACAAUAUUGAAUCAGGAUUAAGGGUGGAUUAUGGAAGGUUUUAUGCUUCUAAGUCUUUUUUUGACAGUGCCAAAACCAGGAGGAUCUUGAUUGCUUGGGUUGAUGAGUCUACAAGUAGGGAAAUUGAUAUCAUCAAAGGAUGGUCUGGUCUUCAGACGUUUCCUAGGAAGAUUUGGCUCGAUAAAGCUGGAAAGCAAUUGGUUCAAUGGCCAGUGGAAGAACUUGAAACACUAAGGAAAAACCAAGUUAUAUUACCAGCUACAACACUAAAAGCAGGUUCAAAGAGUGAAAUUCCAGGUGUCACUGGUGCACAGGCGGAUGUAGAAAUCUCCUUCUCAAUCCCAAUCGCGACGCUUGAGCAAGCAGAGGAUCUGGAAUCAAGUUGGAGUAAUUCACAAGAGAUAUGUCGCCAAAAAGCUUCAUCAGCAAACAGUACUGGUGUUGGACCUUUUGGAUUGCUAGUAUUGGCCUCAAAUACCAUUGAAGAAUAUACUGCAGUGUUCUUUAGAAUUUUCAAAAAGAAUGACAAGUUUGUUGUGCUAAUGGGUUGUGAUCAGAAAAGCAAUGCACAAGAAAGGAGGAGAACUCAGAAGUCGAAUGGAAAUUCUGAGAGGAAGAAAUGCAAUUUAUAGCCAAUGUUGAGCGAUAACAGAAGAGGAAAUCAGAUUGCUCGUUGCUUUCUGUUUUCUGUCCGUUUUUUUCUAUUUUUCAACAAGCUGCUGGCACCUUUCUUUUAUAGUGUAAUCAACUGGUAAACACACUCAUUUGGUGAAGCAUUUUCUCAUGGUGGCUGGAGCACUAAGGCUUUUAAUUAAUGGAGGAAACACUCAUGGUGGCUGGAGCACUAAGGCUUUUAAUUAAUGGAGGAAGCACUCAACAUGGUGAAAUGAGCACUUGCUCACUAAUAUUCAUAGAUUGGAAAACAUCCGU